GCGCGCGCGGCCAGUACCGAACUCACCUGCAGGCUGACCGCCGGCGCGCCGCGCCUCCAUACCGCUCACUCCUCCGUUUCCGAACGUUCCGUCCCGUCACCACCCGGUAGUGCAUGUGCUCCCCUCUGGAAGAUUCACAAACACGACCAGUGCCGCAAUCUACGAGCACGCGCAGACACUAGUCGUGCCUGCCUGAGUGCAGUCGGUUUUGGAAGUUGCCUCGACAGUUUAAUUAUAAGUAAUCAACAAAAUGGCGCUAGUUUUAGAGUAUAUAGACGGCAUGCAUAAAUUUAUGGAUAAAUAUGGAGAUUCCCGGACAAAUCCAUGGUUCCUGAUGAGUUCCCCAUUACCUACAUUAAUAUUAUGUUUAACCUAUGUUUAUCUAGUCAAGGUUCUAGGACCAAGGUUUAUGGAAAACCGAAAACCAUACAAUUUAAAAAAUAUUUUAAUAGGAUACAAUUUUUUACAAGUGUUGUUCAGUACAUGGCUGUUCUAUGAGUGUUUGAUGGGGGGCUGGCUGCAGUAUUACAGCUUAAGGUGCCAGCCAGUGGACUACUCCGACAACCCCCUGGCUACGAGAAUGGUACACGCUUGCUGGUGGUACUACUUCUCAAAAUUCACAGAAUUUUUCGAUACGAUCUUCUUCGUAUUAGCUAAGAAGUACGACCACGUAUCCACCCUGCACGUGAUCCACCACGGCGUGAUGCCGAUGUCCGUGUGGUUCGGCGUGAAGUUCACGCCCGGCGGCCACUCCACGUUUUUCGGGCUUCUUAACACAUUCGUGCACAUUGUCAUGUACACGUACUAUAUGCUGUCGGCCAUGGGACCCUCUGUGAGGAAGUACCUUUGGUGGAAGAAGUACCUCACUGGUCUGCAAAUGGUCCAGUUCAUCGGCAUCAUGGUGCACGCGUUCCAGCUCCUGUUCAUCGAGUGCGACUACCCGCGCGCGUUCGUGUGGUGGAUCGGCAUGCACGCCGUCAUGUUCUUCUUCCUCUUCAAGGACUUCUACAACCAGUCCUACAGCAAUCGCAAGCCUAAGCAGAAGGUGGCGGCGAGCGCGAACGGCGCGGCGGGCGUGACGGAGCUGGAGCGCGAGCGCGAGCGGGAGCGGGAGCGGGAGCGGGCGCCGUACUCCAACGGGCUGAAGAGCGGGCUGCUCAACGGCACGCUGCGCGCGCGCACCGUGCUGCCCGCCGGCAACUGACCGGCGCGAGUGCACGAGCCGGGCCCCGGCUCCUAGUGUUAAAUGUGAUUUUUAUCUAGUGUACAUACUUAAGCGGUGUAAACGGUGUAUAUUUUAUUCGUAAGAUAACGUAAAGCUAGGUUUGUGAUCGCGAUUUUCCGCCGGCCGCCUCGGGUCCGCGUUUACCAGAUGCUCGGUGCUUGCGUGAGAUCCGUGACGUUUCAUACGAAUCGAGUACCUUGCCUAUGUUAAUUUUAAUAGCACUGGCGACAGCAAAAAAUAUUAUAUUAUAAAAACCUAGUUAAAAUUUAUUUAGAUGAUAUGGUAUUAUGAUAGAUAAAUUGAUUUUAUAAGAAUUGAUGUAGUUGCUAUUGUUCAAAUUUUAUUAUAAUUGAGAUCCCACAUUGCACGUAUUUUUACAUUUUAUAAUUUCGAGUACAAAAAAUAGUACUGUGUACGUCAAAUGUUCAAUGCGAAUAUGAGUUAAUCGAAGCGAAGAAAUGGUUGUGUUGGUUAUUUAUUGUUUUGUUUAAUUUAUGUUUUAUUUAAGUUUACCAAAAUUAUUUGUACAUAGAUCAAAUUCGUAACGGGUUUUAUAGUUGUAGCUAUCGAUGAUCUUCCUUUGAUAUCUUAUUAGUCUUCCGUUGUGUUUUGUACUUACACUGAAAUACCAGGUGCUCUUUGUUUGUCUGACCGUGUAAUCAGCUGGAAACGAACUCGCCAUCAGGGAUGUAACGGAGCUCUGCUCCUGCUUCCGUUUCUGCGGAACUUCCGUUUUGUUUUACACAUCCGCUUCGGUUCCGGUUCUGUUAUUUUUCAAACGGAAGUUAUAGCGGAUGUCGAAACCUAGCGCGACGGUGGGACAUGAGCGGCGUACAUCAAAGACCAACAGGUUUAUACCUGUCAUUCGCUCAUCUCUCCGCUGCCACGUGUUGCGAUACUAAAUAUCAAUCGCUUCAUUCGAUUUUCGCGCCAAUGUUUUGUCCUGUCCACCUAGUUCUGUAGCAAGUGAACAACUAUUCAGUGGUGCAGGGCUUAUAUCUACGAUCCCCUUAGAUGCAGACUGCAGGAAGAUAAAGCUGCCAAGCUUUUGUUUAUUAAAUACAAUUUACCUACCUACUUCUUUUAGAAUCACUUCAUUUAAUUUAAAAAUUUAAUUGUGUGCAAUUACAUAUAUAUUUUUAAUUGGUUAGUUUUGGAUUGUAUUAUACCUAACGGGUAACUUUUCUUUCCGUUUCUAAAACCUUUUACGGCAUAAAAAAAGGUUGAUUAUUCUUAUGUGAUUUUUAGUGAGUAAACAACUAAGGUGAUUUUAAUUUUUGGAUUGUAUAAUUAAUAUUCCAAGCCAACUCUUAAAUUCUUAGUUCAUAAACACCUAAAAGUUCUAGGUAAUUUAGUUAUUUUUGGUUUAUGUAAUACCUAUGUGGUAUUUUUCUUUUCGUUUUUAACAUCUAUAAGCUCCGCUUCUGGUUCCGGUUCCGCUUCUGCUUCCGUUAAACUAAAUUCUAAACUUCUGCUUCCGCUUCCGUUAAACUAAAUUCUAAACUACUGCUUCCGCUUCCGUUAAAAGCACUUCCGUUACAUCCCUGCUCGCCAUGUUAGUCAAAUUGAAUCAGUUAUAAAAUCAUGUAUGGAAUCAGUUUUACCUGUUGUUCUUUUUUAUACAAAGAAUUCGCAAAUAAAUUGUAAGUAAAACUAA